AUGGCUGCCGUCGCUACAAGCAACAUGGACUCGCUCGAGAAGAGCCUGUGCGACUUUUCGGGCGCUGCGUCGCUCGACCAGCGCUUCCGCUCGCUCUUCACCAUCAAGGGCCUGGCGGCCACCUCGGACGAGCACAUGCAGCGCGCCAUCGCGAUCAUCUCGGCAGCAUUCUCGGACGACUCGGCGCUGCUCAAGCAUGAGCUCGCGUACGUGCUCGGCCAGCUCGAGGACGUGCGUGCGCUCCCCACGCUCAAGCGCGUGCUCCAGGACAAGAGCCAGGACGCCAUGGUCCGCCACGAGGCCGCCGAAGCCAUGGGAGCCAUCUCCGACCCGAGCGUGCUGCCUGUGCUCCAGGAGUAUCUUACCGAUGCCGACGUCAGCGUGCGCGAGACGUGCGAGCUGGCCAUCUCCAAGAUCAACUUUGACAACUCGGCCGAGGGCAAGGCGCUCAAGCAGGCCAAGGCGCAGGCCAAGCAGGCGGAAGAGCAGAGCGGACUCGGCGGCGUCGAGUCGGCGUUCAAGCCCAUCGAUCCUGCUCCGGCCAUGACGCCCGCAGCUAGCAAGGAGGCAGCCCAGGCACAGGCCAACGGCGUCCAGUACGACGCCUCGCAGGUGCCACUUUUCCGCGACACUCUGCUCGAUACCAAGCUCUCGCUGUUCGAGCGCUACCGUGCCAUGUUUGCGCUCAGGAACGUCGCGCACGCUGGCGGCGAGGGCGCCGUCCAAGCUGUGCUUGCACUCGCUCAGGGUCUCAAGGACGGAUCGGCACUCUUCCGUCACGAGAUCUGCUUUGUGUUCGGCGAGCUCUGCCACCCUGCUUCCAUCCCGAGCAUGGUCGAGGUUCUCAAUGAUGCCAACGAGCACGAGAUGGUGCGCCACGAGGCCGCAGAGGCCCUUGGUGGCAUCGUAGAGGAAGGUCAGGAGGACUCGGAUGCCAAGAAUGCCGACUUUACGCUCGUAAUGGACACGCUCAAGAAGUGGGCCAACGAUGUGGGAGCCCCCCGUGUGGUGCGCGAGAGCUGCGUGGUCGCCCUCGACGAACUUGCAUACAACAACGACCCCACCCAGUUCCACCGCAUCGAAACCACCGCAUCCGCCUAA